CCCAGUCCAUCGGUCCCCUCUGGGCCCGCCCGCCGCGCAUCUGCCCUUCUCUGCUGACUCCGCCCUGCAUCUGUCCGGACCCGCCUCGCGUCUGAGCUGACCCUCUCUACGCCUCUGCGAGUCAGUCCCUCCGGACCUGCCACGAGCGUCAGGCUUCUGAAAUCACCGCGCCUCACUCGCCUCAGCCUCAACAGUGAUUGAGUCUGCUUUUAGCUUGCCUUCGCCUGCCUUGGCUUUUUCUGUUCGUGAACAGCUGUUUGGCCCAUAGAUUAGAGAAAGCAGCCUUUUUUUCUUUCCCAAGAGAGCCUCCUCUCUAUGCUUAGAGAGAUGGGGAGCGGGGAGCCUAAUCCUGCUGGCAAGAAAAAGAAGUACCUCAAAGCUGCCCUGUACGUGGGUGAUUUGGACCCUGAUGUCACUGAGGACAUGCUCUAUAAGAAGUUCAGGCCUGCUGGCCCUCUGCGUUUCACCCGAAUCUGCCGUGACCCAGUGACCCGCAGCCCCCUGGGAUAUGGCUAUGUUAACUUCCGCUUUCCUGCUGAUGCUGAGUGGGCCCUGAACACCAUGAAUUUUGAUUUGAUUAAUGGCAAACCAUUCCGCCUCAUGUGGUCACAGCCAGAUGACCGCUUAAGAAAGUCUGGUGUUGGAAACAUAUUCAUCAAAAACCUGGAUAAAUCAAUUGACAAUAGGGCCCUGUUCUAUUUGUUUUCUGCUUUUGGGAACAUUCUCUCCUGCAAAGUGGUAUGUGAUGACAAUGGCUCUAAGGGUUAUGCCUAUGUGCAUUUUGACAGCCUGGCCGCUGCCAAUAGGGCCAUCUGGCACAUGAAUGGAGUUCGACUGAACAACCGCCAGGUAUAUGUUGGUAGAUUCAAAUUCCCGGAAGAGCGUGCAGCUGAAGUCAGAACCAGGGAUAGAGCAACAUUCACCAAUGUUUUUGUUAAAAACUUUGGAGAUGACAUGGAUGACGAAAAACUGAAAGAACUUUUCAGUGAAUAUGGGCCAACUGAGAGUGUUAAGGUAAUAAGAGAUGCCAGUGGGAAAUCUAAAGGCUUUGGGUUUGUAAGGUAUGAGACACAUGAGGCUGCCCAAAAGGCUGUACUAGACCUGCAUGGAAAGUCAAUUGAUGGGAAAGUCCUGUAUGUAGGGCGAGCACAGAAGAAAAUUGAACGACUAGCUGAGUUAAGGCGGAGAUUUGAACGGCUGAGAUUAAAAGAAAAGAGUCGACCUCCAGGAGUGCCUAUCUAUAUUAAAAACCUGGAUGAGACCAUCGAUGAUGAAAAACUGAAGGAGGAAUUUUCUUCAUUUGGAUCAAUUAGCAGAGCCAAAGUGAUGAUGGAAGUAGGGCAAGGCAAAGGGUUUGGUGUCGUCUGCUUUUCUUCUUUUGAAGAGGCUACCAAAGCAGUGGAUGAGAUGAAUGGUCGAGUAGUGGGCUCCAAGCCCCUGCAUGUCACCCUGGGCCAGGCCAGGCGCAGGUGGUGAGAAUCAGAAUUUCAAUUUGUUUCAGCCUUAGCUGGUGCCUAGUUUGGGCUCCUUUGUGAUAAGGGGUUAUUUUAUGCCAAUUCACAGGUUUUUUUUUUUUUUUUUGAAGUGAAUACUUUCUUUUGAAAACAAAGUAAAACUAGAAAGCCUUGUUCAUUUUAGUGAACAUAAUUUCUAAUUGUAAAAUUGUCAUUUUAUACAAUUUUUGAUAUAAUAUCCUUGGUAAUGUGUAGAGUAAAAUUUAUUCCACAUUUUUUCUGAACAGCCAAGGUGAGGCAAUUGAUUGAGUAUAUUUCCCUCUUUAAUUCAGUAAUACUACAUUUAAUUUCUUCCAUGAAAAUGUUCUCAGCAUUGUCCUUACUUUUGAACCCAUUGCAGUGAAAACUUCUAACUUGCUGGUUUGAGAAACCAGCAGAGCAGGGGAAAAUGUAUAUGAUUCAAUAAACAUCUACGUGUAAUUCCACUAAAACAUUAUUUAAAAUGAAUAUUCUUUUAGAAAGAUGUGAGAGGGUUUUUUUCUUCCCUUAUUUAUUUGUAUUUUUUCUUUUGAAAAUAUAUUGUGAAUAUACUGCAGAAUUGGUAGUGGCUUUGAGUAGUGUUGGGAGUUCUGUAUUAACUUCAUGCCCAGUUUUCACAAUCAGUACCUUUGGAAACUAACACUUUAUGCAGUAGCUAUUGAAAUUAUGGUUUGCAUCUUAAAAACCUUUUAAGAAAGAGUCGAUAUUCCAGGACACUCUAAGGACCACUCUUAUCUUUCUAAGUUCCUUAGUACAUACAUAGGUAAUAUUAAAUUAACAAAAUGAAUAACUGCACUAACUUGCCUUUAUCCAUAGAUAAUUUAAUAUUUUACUUUCAUCUUUCAUCAAGUGUCAAUGUGAAUGUUAAAUAAUCUAUAGAAUUAUGUUGAAAACUACCUUAAAGAUCAUAUAUUAAAAUUAUUAUUAUUUCUUGUAAAUUCUUGUAAAUGUAUCCAUGUGAUAACAUUCACAGAACUUUCAAAGUUAGGGAACAGGUUGUGUCUUGGUUAAGUCAUAUGUCUCCAUCCAUCAUGAGAACUAGUAACUUGAUACAGUUCUGUUUAUGUCUGUGGCUACUUGGAAAUUCAGAAAAAAGUAAUGUUCUGUUUCAUACUGCUCUUACAUUAUGUGUCAUACAACUUCUAGAUUACAAAUUCUCUACAUUUCACUUACAGUUCCCUGUUCUUAUUGUCUACCUUCCAUCCAUAUUCCAUUUAUUUUUAUCAUUUUUUAUUGCCUUUCUUAUGCAUACCAGUUCAAAUCCAUUUGAGAAUUAGAGAAAUACCGAAUUUACGUAAAAUUUGAAUAAUUGCUUUUAAAUAACGAUUCACUUCUACCACAGAUUCAACUACAAGAAAAUGCUUUGUCUGUAUUGUCAGUUGGUUUUAUUACAUUAUACAUAAAUCUUUAUUUCCGUACAUGCUACAACAUAAAUAUAUAAUUUUAUUAACCCUUGUUAGCCCUUUGACCAUAAAAUAAUGAGAAUAAACUUUUCUACCUGUUUACCUACAAAUUUAAUGUAAUGCAUGACCAGGUAAUUUCAAAAUAAAAAUCACUGUUUUUUAUUAUAAACAUAAUAUGUGAUUAUUAUAAAAAUACACAGAGCAAAAGAAGGAAGUAAAAUAAUAACAAUUCAGAGAUAAUACUUUUAGUAUGUGCAUAUCCAUCAUACCUUUCCCCCCAUAUAUGGCCAUGUGUUUUUACAUAAAACACUGUACUACUUGUAUUGUUUUUAAUUCUAAACUGAAUCAUCUUCAUAUUUUCAUGGCAAUAAAGAUCAAUUUAUAUUAUUAUUUUAGUGCUUGCAUAAUAUUCCAUUGUGUGAAUAUACAUAACAUAUCUAAAAGGUUGUUGUUGAAAAAGGUUUAUAUGUUUUCAAUAUUUUUUUACAUUUAUAAACAAUACCAUGAUGAACAUCCCUUUUUAAAAAAACAUUGUGAAUUAUUUGAGUUUGAGAAAAAAUUCUCCAUGAUGUAAAAGCUUAAAUCUGCUAGCAAAUUAAAAUACACAUCUUAUUUAUCUAACAAAAUUUUGGAAAAACUUCAGUAUAUAUUCUGCAUUUAAAUUGAUAAGUGGAAAUCUAUA